GGAGAGAUUUUGGGAACAAUGUAUUUUUAAAUAUUUACGAGCUGAACCUGAAGAUCACUAUUUCUUACUGGUAAUCGUACUGUAUUUUGUGAACCUCUUUUUAGAAAAAAGUUAACUUCUUUUUAUAUAUAUCUAUGGAUUAAUGAAUGAAUACAUUUUAUUAUGUAGACUGACCCACCAUUGAACACACCUGAGAAUAGAGAAUACACUGGUGGUAAACUAAACUAUAAGUACUAUUUAUACUGGGUAAAUUUGUCUGAAACAUUCAAAAAAUGUAAAAUAGAAUUUAAUAGACUAACUUUAUUUAUACUGCAUGAUAUCUUAAUCAGUUCUAAACUGCUCUGUCUAUAGAAGUAUAAUAAGAGUCAUCUGUUCUUCACCCAGUCUUACUAUGGAAGGAAAACUAACCUAACUUUACUUAUAUACUGGAUAUCUCCAUCAAUUCUAAAUUGCUCGAUAUACCUAGAUGUCAUUCCUUUUUUAUCUAUACUAUAGUGUUACUGCAGCGGGAAACCCAUGCAAACUAAACUAACUGUAUUUAUACUGGAUAGUUUUGUUAGUUCCAACUGUUCCCUUGAAGUCAAUUUUUCUUUUUUGUGCAAUUUUUGUAGAAAUUAUGUUUGAAUUAUUCAAUGUCCCUGGUUUAUACAUAGCAACACAGGUGAGACUUGUGCGGCAACAACUCUUUUAACAUUUAAGUUUAUAUUUAUGAUAUUUACGAUUCUCUACAUGAAGUAGCUGCAGCACAGCAGGCAUGCAGGUAAAGAAAUUGCUAUCUCAUAUUCACCAAUUUAUUUCCGUUAUUGUUGUGCUAUAUCAAAAUGCAGCAGUAUCUACGGUUGUAAUGUCUCAAUAAUGACAUUAUACAAAUCAAACAGCUGUAGCAUACAUAUAUAUAUAUAUAUAUAUAUAUACACUGGAUCCAGAAAAGUUUGACCUUCGAAUAUAUAUAUAUGUCGGCCAUUUUGAAUUUUCUUUGGUUAAUUAUACGCGAACGCAUACAUCAAAUGUCGCUCGCAACGUAUUGUAUACUGCAACAUUAUUCCAACAGCUCAAAUGAACAAAAGAAUCAUUGAUUGAUGUCUUUGCGCAUAAUCAUAAUGGCUAGUAGGAAAUGAACAUUUGGAAAUGAACAUAAUGGCUAGUAGGAAAUGAACGUUUCUGCUUCGCCAGGUCACGAAUGCUGCGCGUGCUGAGUUUCAGGAGAUGAAAUAUCGAAUGACUAUCGAUUCCGUUAAAAUUUCCGUUGGCAAAAUAUAAUAAUUCUGGACGUAGGUUACAGCUAUAAAAUAAGCACAAGUGAAUACGAAAGAAUAAACAAAGAAAUUCAUCGAGGCAUGCUAAUAAGCAUCUAAAUCUCUAAGGAUGCAAAAGAAUAAAUUACGACAUGCCAAAAAGAUCAGGUUCCAAAUUGUGACAAGAGUUAAUUAGCUAACAACCCUCAAAUGUUCAUUAGAUAGCUACUACAAAUAUGUGUACGAACUUCAAGCAAUGAUCCUUUACUUAUUUGAGCUGUUGGAAUAUUGCAAUAUACAGUACGUUGCGAGCGACAUUUGAUGUAUGCGUUCGCGUAUAAUUAACCCAAGAAAAUUCAAAAUGGCCGACAUAUAUAUAUAUAUAUAUAUAUAUAUAUAUAUAUAUAUAUAUAUAUAUAUAUAUAUAUAUAUAUAUAUAUAUAUAUAUAUAUAUAUAUAUACAGUAAAUUUUCCAUGAACAAUUAAUUUGUGAGUUGCAUGCAUUUGAGCAUUUCAUUUAUGUAUAAUUGUAUUUAUCUUGUAAAUACAGGCUGUGCUUGCGCUUGCCACAUCCUGGACGUCUCGUCAAGUUGGUGAAAGAACUCUAACAGGAACUGUGAUUAACUCUGGAGAUGGUGUUACACAUGUUAUCCCUGUGGUAUGUUCAAGAUUUAAUGUACACUUUCAACAAAGCACUAUAAGAUGGUGUUCAACUUCAGAAAUGGUCAUACUUACAAAAACAACAAAAUAAAACAAUACAUCUCGGUAAUUAUAUUUAUUUGAUACCCGAAACACAAGACUAUUAUAUAUACAUAAUGAAAAGAUUCACAUUAUUUUCUCAACCUUUUUCUCACUCUGCUAAUUGCUAGUUGCACAUGGUUGGCAUUGCGGUGAGGCAGUUCAAGGUAAAACCCGAAAACCAUAUAUCUGAAAAAACCCUGAUUUUUAUAACGUGUCAAAAUAUAGCACAGUUAACGUUAGAUUAAAUUUCACGUUACAUGUUCAAGACUUUUAUUUUUAAAAACAAUCGUACAUGCAUUAAUGGUAUAGUAUACUGCCUUUAUAUGUAAGUGGUAAGCCACCGUUAGGUAUUUUCUCGCAUUUUAAAAGUUGGAAGUUUCAUCAGAAAACGUUGAGCUAGCGCCGCGAUUUUGACAAGGUGCCAUUUUGUUUCAAUAUUACGGACUUUUAAAUUGGCCUAGAACAACAUCGGUUGAAUGGUUUUCAAAAAACAUCGGGUUUUUUUCGAUUGAUCGAUUAACCGCCUCACCCUAUUGCACACCUUUCGCCAUCUGGUGCACCAUAGUGCUUAGUGAAACCUAUUGAUGCCUCUACUAUAUCAACAGUUAAUCAGUAUUAUUGCAAGCAAACUUUGACCCGAUGUUGUACAUGUAGGAUGAAGGGUGCGUAAUUCGUAGCUGUAUCAUGUGCAUUCCAAUCGCUGGACGAGAUAUCACAUACUUCGUGCGACAGAUCUUGAGAGAAAGAGAAAUUGGAAUCCCACCAGAACAAUCUCUGGAAACUGCCAAAACUAUCAAGGUAAACUAGUUGUAUUUAUUUAAAAGAUCGAUUCACAGUUAGCUAGUGCAAGUUGACACGUUCAUUGUUCAGAUAAAAAUUGAACAGUCGAGGAAGAGAAAUUAGAAAAAGGUUGUCUUGCUUUACUGGCAGAGUAAACUGAAUGUGCCAUUAGCCCAUUGUAUAAUUUAUGCAUGAUAACUAUUAUUCCUAAAGUUUCAAUAGUAGUCAUCAGACUCGUCAGUCCGUAAUUAUCUGGUAUUAUAUACUACAGAAAGAAAACUGAACUAAACCAAAUUCAUUUAUACUGAUUACUGGAUAGAUCUAUCAGUUUUAAACUGUUCUGACAUUACUUUUGUAUAAAACAAACAAUCUUGAUAAAGUAAUCUUACACGUAAUAUAUGCAUGUGCACAACGGCAGAAGAAUGGUAAUGGUUUCCUAUCCUAUUAUUCGCGUAAGUUUGUGCUAAAGCAAUUUCCAGUUGUAUGCUACAGUUGGGAAUACCACAUUUCAGUAUUACCAACAAGACACAACUGGUACAUCCAUGAUUGCCCUGUCCAUUUACUCUUGUUCAAGUACUGCACACAAGGAUCAAGACAGCUUAUUGUAUAUUACAACUGUACAUAGACUGGCAGUAGCGUAGCCAGCCCGACUAUUUGGUCCCGCUAUGCAAAUAUUUUCAUGUUCAUCGACUGUGAAAACAAUAAAUUUCUAAAGAAAUGAAUAAUGAUAAUAAUUUUGAAUUUGCAUAGCGGGACUAAAUUGUCGGGCUGGCUACGCCACUGUAGACUGGCCUUCCACGUUUGAGACACCUUUUAGGUAGUUUAGACACAAACAACGACAGCUUAUUGUAGACUACCACAUUUACUGGACCAAAUAUAAUCGCUGAAAAAGGUUUCACCUAUACUGUGCUUCUUCGCAGGAGCGUUGGGGAUAUAUUUGCCCUGAUGUGGCCAUGGAAUUUGCUAAAUACGAUGCAGAUCCAGACAAGUGGAUGAAGAAAUUUGAGGGAGUGAACCCUAUCAAUAAACAGGUGAGUAGAAUACAAAUUACCCAAUCUAAACAUUUACUGAUACUGUAUGUUUCGCUAUUGUGGGUUAGGUAAACGAUUGGAAUCUGUAAACAAAUUACGUUCACAAUUAAACGAUUUGACAUCAGUCUAGCCCUGGUCUAGUGCAUUCGUCAGGGAUCAGGUGUAGAUUUCAUUGAAAGUCGUACCAUGCAAAGAUUUCACUCUCUGCAUGCUCUCUUUCUUUCAGAACUUUUCAGUGGAUGUUGGUUAUGAAAGGUUUUUAGGACCGGAGACCCUUUUCCAUCCUGAG